AUGAGGAUUGCUCCUGAGGAGGAAGUUUUUAGUGGGAAUGAACGGGAGCAAGAACGAUGAUAGACCACCGAUAUUUUCGUGAUUAUUGAAGUUUUUGCUGGCAGGGAAGUGCAAUGAGCGCUCUCCACAAGAUGUUGUUGAGGCAGGUCCGCUUUUUUGCCCCUCUUGUUGUGUAUGCCGAGGUGUCCGUGGACUUCACGCCGCCUCCAACAAAGACGUGCAGUGACGAACCGUGGGCAGCGCUGCACAAAGUACUGAAUGUCUCUGCCGCGUAUCCCGAUGGCGGGCAGACCAAGCCCUCACCGGACUUUGAGGCGUACAUGCGCUCUUUAAGCAGUUUCACCUACUUCCGCGAGAAUUUUCGCGAAUGCCGGGAAGGUUUUCUAUCCUUCCUGUUCUACAUGUCACUGCACCACAACGAGCACAAGCAGAGUUUUCGGACUCUUGCUAACGACUUCUCACGGGAACUAAACCCCUUAGCGUUGCGGCAACCGGAGUUGCUGUCCUGGCCCAUGUUCGGGCAAGUCGAGUCGCUCAGUCCAGCCUGGGACGUGGAAGAUAAUAAUCUGGGACUAAUGGACGCAAUACCCAAAUUCCAGUAUCUCGUUCCUCUCGAACGGCCCCGAUGGCAGAGACUCAAGGAGCAAAAAGCGGGCCAAAAGAACGUGCCUACAAGGCAGAAGGGUCUGCAGCAACAAGGCCAAGAAGUGAGAUCGGAUGAUAGAGAAACUUUAGUACCUCAUCAUCCUGUGACACGUAUAUCUGGCAUGGCAGGCAUGGUUCAUUCAGAGCACGGACUGACAGGCUCGCUCGAUUUGUUACGCCGUCUCGCUGAGCCCACGUUCGCGGAGCGAGAGCAGCAGAGCCAGGCGGAGGAGAAGAGCCUAACUGAAGAUGGAAGUGGAGGAGUAGGCUCGACUCCUGUCGAGAGCAAGGAUAUAGAAGAGGGUUCGCAAGUUUCUAAAAACAGCAGAUCAGAGCAGCCGCGACCUCUACCGGUGCGAUCACAAGUGAUAUUGGAUGUCGGGACGUUCGACGGGUCAGACUGGGCGAAGGCAAUCGUAGAAAGCGGAUUCCUCGGUAUUGGUUUCGAAAUGGUCGCGCGAAAUAGGGCACUCAUGAUGAAGAAUUUUGAGCACUUAGACCGAGUAGAAGGAGCUGCGCGUGUGGUUCCUGGCGAACGCGCGCCUGACGCGCGUUUUAAGCAAGCUCUCGAUGCGAUCCUAGACUGGAGGAAAAUGGGAUUAUUGCGCAACGGUUCGGGAGAAGCAAACCUAGCACAGCCAAUGCCGAACGAAUGUGGGGCGGCAGAAGUGGACGCGAAAGACUCAGCGUUAAGAACGGCUCUAUAAAUUCUGUUACUUUAUUUUCUGCGAAUAAUAUGAACCUACUUGCGAUCAGAACGUUCUUGAUAGAAGAGCUGGGAGAAGCGUACGUAGCUGCGUUGAAAAUGUAGAGAUUAUUUCGUUUUGCUUCUAAACUUUUCGUGUCAGGCGGACAAGAAAGAAUACGGAGAAGGAAUUAGUUCGGAAGCGCUCGAGGCAAUCCGGCCAGACGAGCGUGGGCGUGGUUUCUUUCAUCUUGUAGGCGCGGCACUGGGCAAAGAGGCAAAGAAGCAGCGCGUCCUGUCGCGAUAUGAUUACACGAGUCUUGCUCUCAUGGGAUACCUGGACGGUCCUCCGGAUAUGGAAGAGGAAGCAGUUGCCGUUGUUACGCUCGACGAUCUUUUCGCAACAGGGUACUACUAUUUUGUGAAAUAUUCGAGGAUACCAGCAAAGCAGCAUGUUUGAUCUCUAUGCUAAAGCAGCGCCUGGCGCAAUACAAUGAACAGUCAGAGACGACUCCAGUCAAGCAUUCGCAAGAAGUACACAGGUACUUUCCCUCGUCGUUGAAGAUCGAUGUGCUGAAGAUAGACACUGAGGGAUUCGAGUUAGGGGUCCUCAAGGGCGCGGAAGCGGCUCUGAGGGACACGCGAGUGCACUUUCUAAUUUUCGAGUACCAGCCGGCGAUGCUGAGCACAACUGGCACAGAUCACGAGGAUAUCUUGCAUUUCGUGGCGCACUACGGAUUCCAUUGUUAAGGCUGAUAAUGAGAUUGUUUUCGGACUAGCAGAAGAGAGACAAAUUUUAUUAGCCGCAGAAGUCCAUCGCUAACAUGCUUAUUCGUUGAAGCUUCCGAGUAUAGCUAGCCUCUCUUUCGCGGAAUUUGCGGUCCAAUACGAGCGCCCAGACCGACUUCAACUCAAAGGCAUGGGUGCUAUUGAAGAUAUCAUUUGCGAGAACCGAUAUUGGACACCAGAACCGAUUAUCAAUGAACUGUAAGUCCAGUCAUGCAAGUGCUCUGUCUUCAAUCUUUCGCUGGUGAAGCAGAGAUCGAUGCUCCAAACAGGUGCAGUUUCGGACUGCGCGCACAGGGAACAC